AUGAUGCUUAAAGCAAGGCCAGUGAAAAGAUUCUAUAGUUCAUUUGAUCAAGCUUCAAUCUUGAGCAAGUAUCCUAUUGGACUCAAUUACCAUGGAUUUAAGAUCGAGGAUGUCAGGCCCAUCCCAGAAUUUUCCUUGGUAGCUGUCAAAUUAACUCAUGCAAAAGGUGGCCAACAUUUACAUUUGCAUACUGAUAAUGACAGGAAUAAUGUGUUUUCUAUAGCCUUCAAGACAAACCCUCCUGAUAAGACUGGUGUUCCUCAUAUUUUGGAACAUACCACUUUAUGUGGGUCUUACAAAUACCCAGUUAGAGAUCCAUUUUUCAAAAUGUUAAACAGAUCGUUAAGUAAUUUCAUGAAUGCUAUGACUGGCCACGAUUACACAUUUUUCCCAUUUGCAACCACGAACGGUAAAGAUUUUGAAAAUUUGUUGGACGUAUACUUAUCAUCCACUUUGGAACCUUUAUUGAAAUAUGAAGAUUUUACUCAAGAAGGUUGGAGAUUGGAAAAUGAAGUUGUUGAUGAUAUAAAAUCCCCUUUGACUUUCAAGGGAGUUGUAUACAAUGAAAUGAAGGGACAGUACUCAAAUUCCGGCUACUACUAUUAUAUCAAAUUCCAAGAAGCUAUAUACAAGUCACUUAAUAAUUCAGGUGGAGAUCCUCAAAAGAUUACUGAUUUAGAAUACGAAGACUUAAUUGAUUUCCACCAAUCAGCAUAUCAUCCUUCUAAUGCUAAAACUUUUACUUAUGGUUCCUUACCUUUAGUUCAUCAUUUGGAGAAAUUGAAUGCCUAUUAUACUCGUUUCGGUAUGAGAAAGAGUAAGAAUAUCAUCAGACAACCAAAUGUCAGUGCUUGGGACAAAGAGGUUAUCAUGGAAGGACCUGUUGAUGUUAUGGGUAACAAACCAAUUGAAGAACAAUACCAAUCUUCUGUUACUUUCUACUUGGGAGAUCCUUUGCAACCAAAUUAUCACUAUGACAUUUUUAAGUGGAAGGUUUUAAAUUCUUUGUUAUGUGAUGGUCAUAGCUCACCAUUCUAUCAAGAAUUAAUUGAAAAGAACUAUGGUGAAGAUUUCUCUGUUAAUUCUGGAUUAGAUUCAACAACUGCUUUGUUAUCAUUUACCAUUGGUUUGACUAGUUUGACACCUCAAAAAGUUGACGGAUUGAACGCUAAGAUUGAUGAUAUCUUAACCCAAGUAUUACCAAAAUUCAGUGAAAACUCACCGGUUUUCCAAAAAAGAGUUGAAGCCAUUUUGCACCAAUUAGAAUUAAGUUUCAAAAAACACAAACCAGACUUCGGUUUGGGUUUAUUGAACUCUGUAGUUUCAACUUGGAUCAAUGAUGUUGAUCCACUCGAAACCUUACAAGUUGAAAAAAUCUUGAACAGGUUCAAAAAAGAUUAUGAAGAACAAGGUCUCAAAAUUUUCGAAGAUAUGAUCGAAACUUUAUUAUUACCAGAAACCCCUAAAUUCAAAUUUACCAUGAAACCUGAUGAAAAAUUCACUGAAAAAUUAGUUGAGGAAGAAAACAGAAGAUUAUUGGCCAAGACUGAAAAUUUGACAGAUGAAGAUAAACAAAUUAUCUUUGAAAGAUCACAAAAACUUUUAGAGAAACAACAAACAGAAGAAGAUGUCUCAGUAUUGCCUACAUUGUCAAUUUAUGAUAUUCCUCGUCAAGGAGAAUUCCACAAUUUGAAAUUUAGUAAAAUAAAUGACAAAGUUUUACAAAAAAGAAUUGUGGAUACUAACGGUUUGAUCUACUCGACCGCCAGUAAAGAUUUGUCUUAUUUACCACCUAAAUACUAUGUCUAUAUGCCAUUGUUUAUCUCAUGUUUAACAAAUUUAGCUGGUACUGAGAAAACUUCAAUCAUUGAUUUGGAAUCCAGAAUUCAAUCUACCACUGGUGGGAUCAGCUUCUCAUUAAGCAACAAGACAGAUCCUUAUGAUAUUUCAACUACCAAGUUGAAGUUCCUUGCUUCAGGAAUGUCAUUGUCCCAAAAUUCAUCCCACAUUUAUGAGUUGUGGCAUGAAAUUUUGACUAGUACCAAAUUCACGGAAGAAGAAGAAGUUUUAGACAAGCUCACUACUUUGAUUAAAAAUUUGGGAAGUAAUCAAAUGGAUUCUAUUGCUGAAAGAGGUCAUUCAUAUGCCAACGCUUAUACAAACUCUCAAUUAACAUCAUCCAAAAACAUUCGAAACAUGACCAGUGGUAUGGAACAAGUGGAUUUCAUCAUGAAACUUAACAAAGAUUUAGAAGCAGGGGGUAAAGAAUUUUUGAAGAAGGAGAUCUUACCUGUCUUGCAAAUUAUUCAAAAAUUGGUUGUAGAAGGUUCACUCAAAGAAGGAUUUGAGUAUAAUUUGAUAGGUGACAGUAAAACCAUCAGUGAAAAUGAAUCGUUGAUCCAAAAGUUCGACGAUUCUUUCAAACCUGUUCUGUAUCAAGAUGAGUUAACUAGCUUCAUCAACAAUUUCAAUGAAUCUCCUGUAAAUCAAUCAAGAACAUUAUUCAAUUUACCAUUCCAAAUAGGAUACGCAUCACUUGGAAAAUUGGGAGCUUCCUACACUUCGAAAGAUGGAGCUGCCUUACAAGUGUUGUCUCAUUUGCUUACAACAUCAUAUUUACACUCAGCAAUUAGAGAAUCGAAUGGUGCAUAUGGGGGAGGUUUGAAUUAUGAUGGAUUAGGUGGAACUUUGAAUUAUUACUCAUACAGAGAUCCUAAUGCCUUGAAGUCCGUUGAAUCAUUCAAGAAAUCGUACAACGUUGCCUUGGAGAAAAUUGAAAAAAAUUGGGAUUCUAAAGAUUUACAAGAAGCUAAACUUUCAAUCUUCCAAAGUAUUGAUGCUCCUUCCAACAUCAACCAACAAGGGUUAUCCAAUUUCAUUGAAGGAAUCAGUGACGAAAUGAGGCAAGAAAGAAGAGAAAGGUUUUUGGAUGUCUCAAACGAAGAUUUGAAGAACGUUACUGAAAAAUACCUCUUAGGAGGCGAUAAAGAAAUUGUCACUAUCAUUGGUGAUAAUGCUAAAAUAUCUGUAGGUGAAGGAUGGGAUAUAAAAUCAUAUACCAAUUAA